CGGACUGCGGAGCGGUGAGUCGGUCCCCGCCCUGGUUUCUUUAAAUACCCUCCACCACGGUGCACCGUUACACAGACACACCCGGGGAUGUGCUGACAUUAUUAUACUCUGCCUACAACGUGGACACAGUUGAGUCUGACCUCUAACAUGGAGCUGGACCGGCGGCUGCUGCUCGCUCACUGUGCGGCUCACGUCCUGUCGGUGGUGGCGGGCUUGUUGGUGGUCGUCCCCAUGGCUCUCAAUGGCUCCGCGUUCAAAGGCCGCUGCGCACUCUUCUCCACCGGCUACUGGAGGACCGAGGACCGGGCCGAGCUGACGGGGCAGCCGGGAGACGUCCCCCACCUGGUGGUGCAGCAGUGGGGCCCACCGGCAGCCUGCCAGUUCACCACAUUUGUGGGUAUUUUCACGGUCCUGUACGGCGCAGCGCAGGGCUGGAGGUAUCUCUUCUAUCUGCACGGACGACAUGAUGACACCCUGUUUUCAUCCUUCCUGACGGUGCUGCUGAGUGUGUGCGUGCUCUUCCUGUCUGGAGGGGCCAGUGUCAUCCUGUCUCUGGGGCUGGUCUCCUGGUGCGACACCGUGACUGACGACAACACACGGCCGUACAGCUGUGCAGAGUCCCAGUCUGUUCCUCUUUACCUGGAUGUGGACACCUCCUCUUUCUACACAGAGCUCGGACUGGCACAGGUGUCUCUGUGGUGUGUGACAGCUCUGUGGCUGGCUCAGUCCAUCCUGGCUUUCCUGCGGCUCUACCACUCUCACAGCCAGCACAUCAGCGUGCCGUGUCGUCCCCGAGAGAAGGAGCUGCUGCUGGGACACAGCCUAUCUGACAGCGGCUCCCCCUCACCUGCUCCAGCAACACCCACCCUGCUGGUCUAACUGAGAGUGUAUGAGGGGCUGAUAUCAGAUGGUACACUCACUUCCACGGUCUGAACUUAUUUUUAAAACUACGUCUUACUACUGCAUGUAGAAUAUGUAAGUGUGGUUUAGGACAAGCUUUUAUAUAUAUAUAAUUCAUUAUUUAAUCAUCUUAUACAAUAGAGCCUGAUUGAUAAAGCCAGUAAAGCCAAUAAGUAACAAGAAAUGUCAGUAUAUAAUUGCCAAAGAUAUGUUUCAGGUCAUGUAUAAACAGUGUCUCCAUUAUAUAGUUUGUCCUCCAGAGAGAACUGGUAGUUUUACACUGUUCAAUCUGAAAUAAGUGACACUUCUUUAAGAACCAAAGAAUCUGGUUGUUACUUCUUAAUAGUACAAAAUAUCUGCAGUCAUAUUAAGAUUUUUAAAAUCUCAAACAUUGUAUUGCCAGUAUCAGUCAGGCUGUAUUAUAUAAUGAUAUAAUUUCUGGGCCAACCACCAUAACGCAGCCCCAGUUUGUGCCUCUUCGUCACAGAACUAAGCAUCUAUUGUUCUGAAUGAUAAAAACUAGUUUAUAUUUAAAAACAGACUCUUUAAAAGUUGUGACUCACUCAUUCUAAGUUAGAUAUAUUAAGAAAUGCUGACGGUGACGGUAAAAAAGGAAUACAGGCGUCAACAAACUGUUGGCAAAAAAGCUGCAAACCCUACAACGCUGGCAGUUGUAAACGACAUCCAAUAAUAACACCAGUACAAUAGAUUCUACUUAUUUAAAAGGAUCCAAGAAGAAGCUAAUUUAUCUUAGAAUAAUGUGUAGGUCUGAAGGUUUUUCUGUUCUUCCUGUUCUGUUGACAGUGAAUGCAGCAUUACACAAGAAAAAUAUAUAUGCAGUAUUAUAUGUGAAACUGAAAAAUAAUAGUAACAACUCAUUAUAGAUAGAUAUAACUGAUAAUAAAGAUUUAUGGUGUAAAAAAUUAAGCACAUAUGUAAUUUUCAGAUAUAUUUUCUGUUAGAAAACUAGUUAAACAUUUUUUUAAAUCAUGCAGCAGACUGAAUAUUAUAUUAAUUAUAUUAAUAUUCGUCUAUAUGGUUAGAAGAGUCUUGAAGGAUUCUCAGAGUUGCUCUAAGUUUGUUGUUAAAUGAGUUGUUAAAUGGGUUUGUCGAAGGUGUGCAGGAAUUUAUUUUUUAGAAAAAUGGAGCCGUAGUUCUGUGACUCCAAUGUAACAAUGAGCACUUACUGGGACAAACCUCAACUCAAAAGGGAUUUUACAGAAGAAAGCACUCAUUUGAAUAGUUGAAGCAGAUGUAUUCAGUGAUCUAAUAACCACAGCGUUAUUUAGAAGCUAGAAGCAUCCAGAUGGUGUCUAUUUUGGAUAUAUUUAAUAUGCAUGUUUGUUUACAUUUCAGCUGGAGUCCCACAUUUUACAUUGUUGUGUCCUCAUCAGGGAGAAUACAUUUGUGUUGACUGCUCUGAGUGUAAUAUUCAGAUGUAGCACUGAGGUGCUUUUAUUGUGAAGCAUGUGGUGAGAGUGAGACUGAGCCACCAUGUACGAGAAAAACAGGCUCACUGUGUGAGCAUGACCUGAAUGUUCUGUUGUGUAACGGAAAAAUCACUGCUGACGUUCUCUCUUCCUGUGACGAUUGUUGUUAUGAUGCUGUUUGUGUGGACAUGGCCGCUCCGGGCGUUAAUGAAGCGUCAAAUCCUCUCAAAUGAUACUUGUAGAGAAUAAUUAGAAGGUAAACUACAAGGAUCUGUGAUAUGUGAUGUGUUUUCUCACUGAGAGAGAUUUGUGUGGAGCUCAUUAGGGUCAGUGAAGAGGAGAGAAAUGACUAACGUUGUUGAAGUUUUAAAACAGAUGAUUCAAUGUUGUUUCUGAACUUCUCUCCUGUUAUCACUGACCCGAGUGGUUGUAAUGACACACUGACAGUGGAGCAAGAAAUCUGAAGAAAAAAGAGACAAUACAGUCAAGUCUAACUUGAAAUGUAAUAUAUCAAAUGUAUUUUGUAUUAUGACUGACAAUGUCUUGCUUUUUACCUUUUACCUGUUUGUGUGCAUUUUUUUUUGCAUUUGUCUUGUUUGUCAAAUAAAAAGUUUCUCAUUCUGAAAAAA